UCUCGUCUCUCGUCACCUUAGCCUGCAGAAGCAUCUUGUAGGGUACCUUACCCCCACUCUCACUCUCUUAUCUCUUCUGUUCCCAAGCCCAUACACGUCUCUCUGUCAAGUACUCAAUUUAAUAAUUCGACCUAAACACUCUUCACUCUUCACAUUUCCCAACUCUUUUAGAACUUGGCUUCUGAACUCUCUUUUCUACUCUUUUUUUAUCAGAUCAAACGCCAAAAACUCAAAAGUCAGUUGUGACAGACAUGGAAGAUGAAGCAACCCAUGUUGGAGGAACUCAUGCAGAAGGCACAACAUCAAGAGUAUUCCCUUGUUUGUUUUGUUCAAGAAAGUUCUUCAGUUCUCAAGCUUUGGGAGGGCAUCAAAAUGCCCACAAGAAGGAGAGAACGGCUGCAAGAAAGUCCAAAAGGGCUGCUCAAGAUCAAUAUGCUCAAGGAAACUUUCCACCAUCUUUGCAACCUCCUAUGAUAUUUGCUCCAACUCAUCCCUUAGGAAUCUUACAUCCUUCCAUGUGUAUAACUGCACACGCUGCCAAUCUUCGCUGUUUUCCUAGUCACCAACCCUCGGAUCUUUUUGGAUCCAACGGUGCUCCCAGGUUUGAGAAUAUAGUAUACUAUGGUGGGAGUUGUCCAAGCAGUCAAUAUGGCUUUGAAAAUCAAGAGGAUGGACAAAGUUUCUUGAUUUGGAGAUCAAGAAGCACAUGCUGCAACAAUGGAGGAGGCUCCUCCCUGCAACAUUAUCUACCAGCAGGGAUGAUUAAUGAUUACAGUCUUGCGAAUAAGGACAUGAAAGAUCAAAAGCUUGACCUUUCUCUCCAUUUAUAGAAAGAACUUUGAUGUUUGAAUGGAUUAGCAUCUUUUUUGCAUUGUUGGGUUACAUCAUUUUCUUACUAAUAAUUAGAGCAUCUUCCGGCCUCCAUUUUUGGAAUGAAUUAAAUUGUACUAUCAUGACAUCAUUGAGUCUAGAAGCAUCAGAUCAGCUUUCAACAUUAUAUAUAUAUAUAUAUAUAUAUGCUAGCUGCAUUAAGAUCA